UGCGGCUCCAUCGCCGAGCGGACUGGCCCGCUGCUCUCAUCCGAGACCUCAGCGCUGACUGUCGGAUCUACUGAAGCACCGUCCAGCUCCGGUCCAAAUGCAGGCGAUCAAAUGUGUGGUGGUGGGCGACGGGGCUGUGGGUAAGACCUGUCUGCUGAUCAGCUACACCACCAAUGCCUUCCCUGGUGAAUACAUCCCCACCGUCUUUGACAACUACUCUGCCAAUGUGAUGGUGGAUGGGAAACCAGUGAACCUGGGCCUUUGGGAUACAGCAGGACAGGAGGACUACGACAGGCUCCGACCACUGUCUUACCCACAGACGGAUGUGUUCUUGAUAUGCUUCUCCCUGGUCAGUCCGGCCUCCUUUGAGAACGUCCGAGCUAAGUGGUACCCCGAGGUGAGACACCACUGCCCCAACACACCCAUCAUCCUGGUGGGCACCAAGCUGGACCUGCGGGAUGACAAGGACACCAUCGAGAGGCUGAGAGACAAGAAGCUGUCCCCCAUCACCUACCCGCAGGGCCUGGCCAUGGCCAGAGAGAUUGGGGCAGUGAAGUACCUGGAGUGCUCCGCGCUGACCCAGCGAGGCCUGAAGACGGUAUUCGAUGAGGCCAUCCGAGCCGUACUCUGCCCUCCGCCUGUGAAGAAGAGGGGAAAACGGUGCACCAUGUUCUGAGGAGGAAACACUGCGGAAACACGACACUACAUCACCAUGAACAACAACCACUACUUCUCUGAGAGGAUGAGAGAGAAAACUAGUGAGAGUGAGUGUGCACUGCUGAGAUUGCUUUCUUUAUAUUGAUGUUUUUUCAAAGCGAUAUUGGUGACAAGAACCAAUACUCAAUUGGAUUUUUUUACCAUUACUGAUAGGUCCAUAGGUUCCGUGAAAGACAUUUACUGUCCACCUACUUUGUACUCAUAGAACUACAAGUUGCCAUGAGGGCUGACAACAAAGGUUUUAUUACUCGUCUUCAUACCACAACAUCUUGUCUUUCUCAGCCAUGCUUGCUUGAUUUAAUGCAGUGUUGACUACGUAGAAAGUGAACUGUGAAAAUCGCCUUCAGGUCUGAAGUUACCCUCAGCUCCUGAUCUGUGAUCAGCAUGUUGAGUCACAAAGUUAGGGCAUGUUCACAAAUCUGAUAGGAAUGACAGUAAAAACACAACACACUUCAUGCUUUCACUUAAAUUUCACAAAUACAGCAUGAUGUAUUUAAUGGAAAUGAUGUGAUUCAUGUACAAGAGAUGACAGUGAUAGCUGAUGUUGAGGGAAAUGCAGGAUUGAAGCCGAUUGUGCCAUCCUUUAAUCAGUAUUAAUAUUGUACCCACUAAGUAAACUCCUCAGUCAGUAUCACAUAAUCACAGCAGUGCAUCAUCUUAACCUCAAGUGUGAUCUCAAGUCUGAAGAGUCCAGAAGAAGCACAGGAAGUCACAUCCCAUAAUAAAAUGCCCAUUAUUUACAGCACAAAUAAACAUGUUUACAGCCUGAUUCAGAAUGCUACGAUGAGCACAUUCAUGUUUUAGUGAUUUCAGGCAGCUUAAAGCCUGUGCAUUUUAAUCAACUUUUGCUUGCCCCAUUUGCAAACAAGCAAUUCAGGCCUUUUUUAUUUGUAUGUCCCCGAUCACAACAAGGAAAACAACCUGGAAAUAUCUGAACACGUGAUGGGCGGGGGUCAAACCAUUGAGGGCUCUCAUUAGGAUUUUUCUCCAGAAAACAGGACUGUGUCUCUCAUAAAAAUGUAGAUAUAAACAGAGAAAACUUAGACAAAUAAGAUGAAUUGCAAAAGAAGACAAAAGGAAACUAAGAAAGUAUGUUUCAGUGAUUUUUCCACUGGUUUUCUUCCUGGUUGUUUGGAGCAUUGAGUGACUAUAUUUGAGUUACAUGAAGUUCAACUAGGGACAAUCCCGUUUUUACCCCUUGUAACAGAGUGGUAAGGAGUGAAAACAAGAUGCUACUUGAUUGCUGUUGCGCAUUGCCGAUAAAUAGCUUCACCAUCAGAGACAUCAAAUGUGGUGGGUCAUUAAAGUUUGGGCCAUGUCAUUCAUAGUACCAAUCUCCACGUAGCUAAAGAUUGCAUACAUGAGAAAGUCUGUAGUGCCAUUUCAUAAGUGAACCAGGUGCAUGGUGGGAAAUUCAUCAUACACCUUGGUUUCAAGUGUAGUCCUGAAAAAUCUUGUCCCAAGGGUGAUGUAGCCCUUGGCUUGUAGCUCUAGCACCUGAUUCAAAAGAGAAUUGGAAUGCUCCUUCACCCGAUAUGGUUGCACAAAGUAAGGGGUAGGGCUAAGGCAGUGAUACUCAGUGUGGGGCUCUCUUUUGUGAUGAUUUGUGGCUCUUUUAUGUUUUAAUUUGAAACAUUAUUCCCCCAGAAAACCUGAAAUAAAGGAAAACUUUGACCACAGAA